GGAUUUGCCGUCUGCUGAAACAUCCCAAUAUUGUGAGGCUUCAUGACAGCAUAUCAGAGGAAGGCUUCCACUACCUACUGUUUGAUCUGGUGACUGGAGGAGAGCUGUUUGAGGACAUCGUAGCCAGGGAAUACUACAGUGAGGCUGACGCCAGUCAUUGCAUACAGCAGAUUGUAGAGAGUGUUCAUCACUGCCAUGUCAAUGGUAUCGUUCACAGGGACCUGAAGCCUGAGAACCUCCUAUUGGCCAGUAAGCUGAAGGGGGCGGCGGUUAAGCUAGCUGACUUUGGGCUCGCCAUCGAGGUGCAGGGCGACCAACAGGCAUGGUUUGGUUUUGCUGGUACUCCAGGCUACCUGUCUCCAGAGGUCCUGAGAAAAGACCCAUAUGGGAAGCCUGUGGACUUGUGGGCCUGUGGGGUGAUCCUGUACAUCCUAUUGGUCGGUUACCCUCCCUUCUGGGACGAGGACCAGCACAGACUGUACCAGCAGAUCAAGGCUGGGGCCUACGACUUCCCGUCUCCAGAGUGGGACACAGUGACUCCUGAUGCCAAAGACCUGAUCAAUAAGAUGCUGACCAUCAACCCCAGCAAACGCAUCACCACCACUGAGGCCCUCAAUCACCCCUGGAUCUGUCAACGGUCCACUGUAGCUUCCAUGAUGCAUAGACAGGAGACUGUGGAGUGUCUGAAGAAGUUCAAUGCCAGGAGGAAACUCAAGGGAGCCAUUUUGACCACUCUGCUGGUUACAAAAAACUUCUCAGCAGUCAAGGGUCUGCUGAACAAGAAGGCUGACGCCGUCAAGGCGAACAACAAAGCCAACACAGUGACCAGUCCUAAAGACACCAGCCUAACUCCAGCACUGGAACCCCAGACCACAGUGAUCCACAACCCAAUAGAUGGGAACAAGGAGUCUAUAGAGAGCGCAAACACCAUCAUCGAGGACGACGAUGUCAAAGUCCUCUGUUUUGGGAACUUGGUGGGUAAUGUGUGGAGCUCUAAGGGUCGUUCCACCCAGUCCUCUGAGCCCAGGCGGAAUCCCUCCUCUUCAGGACAGACUCGGAAGCAGGAAAUUAUCAAAGUCACAGAGCUGCUGAUCGAAUCCAUCAACAACGGAGACUUCGAGGCCUACGCGAAGAUCUGUGAUCCGGGUCUGACGUCGUUUGAGCCAGAAGCUCUGGGGAACCUGGUGGAGGGACAUGACUUCCAUCGCUUCUACUUCCACAACGCCCUGUCUAAAGGUAACAAGCCAGUGCACACCAUCCUCCUCAACCCUCACGUCCAUCUGAUUGGGGAGAACGCUGCAUGCAUCGCCUACAUCCGUCUGAGCCAGUACAUGGACGGGGGGAUGCCUCGCACUAUGCAGUCGGAGGAGACCCGCGUCUGGUGUCGCAGAGAGGGAAAGUGGCAGAACAUUCACUUCCACCGCUCCGGCUUCGCCAGCGUACCAUCCCAUUAAUGGAAUAUCAAGCUUCAGUCUAAACUCCAAGACAGGCACCAAUCAACUAGCCAACCCCCUGGUCGCCAUUUAACCUCUAACCCCGGACCGCUCUGUAUGGACAUGACAUCACACAGGACAAGGAUAUCAACCCUUAAAGGUCGUCAAUCAUCCUAACCACCUAGUCAGCGUCUCCAAUGGCACCCUAUUCCCUAUAUAGGGCCUAUGGGACCUGGUCAGAAGUAGUGCACUAUAUAGGGAAUAGGGU